GUCAACCUGGGCAUAACGGUCCUACUCUCUUAUUCUGUUUUUAUGCUUCUUGUUGCCGACCUCAUGCCGCCGACGAGUGAUUUUGUGCCUCUCAUCGCUGGCAUUUGCACGAAUGAUCUUGUCCUUCGGUCUGGCCAGUCUAUGAUGUUGCCAAUUUUUGUUGGCCUCGUUGGACUAGCCAUCGCCCAGUCCUCACCUUCAGGAAGGUCAGGAUUGGCUCAGUAUGAAGACAUACACCCUCAUUUCACAGCCGCCAGACGCUCAAUCCGGAAUAGAAUGACCCUUUAG